AAUGGUUGAGUUUUUUUAGAAGUGAUUCCAAGGAAGAAUCUUUGGUAAAGACUGUUCUCUUAGGGAUUAUUUUAUAGAUAGAUGGAUGUGAUAAGUGAAGGCUUGAAAGUUUAGUUCUUUUUUUGCAACAGUCAACGAAACAAAACAAGUUGUAUGUUUAUAAGUAUGGUUUGGAAGGACAAGAACACAUGAAUUGAGUAAUUGUCUUAGUUUUCUUAGAUUAUCUUAUUGGUGAAUAACCUUUUCUGUCAUAGGUUUUUGGCUGAAAUUGGGGCAUUGCUUGUUAUGGAUGACAAUGAUGAGUGUCUUGCAUUGAAAGACAUAUACAAGAAGAUUUCUGAAGAAACGAAUGGGUGCAGCUGGGAGCUUUUUGAGGUAUAUAAACACUUGAAGUCUCUUGGUUAUGUUGUUGGGCGUCAUGGUGUUCCUUGGAGUAUGAAGGGUGUUGAGAAUAACAGCAAACCUUGUUCUUCUCAAGGGACUAUUCAAAACAACAGGGUUGAAGGUGUUGAAGAGAACAGCAUUACUUGCGCUGUGCAGAUGCUCAGUAAUUUGCAAGUUGAUGAGCUGAGGCUAAAUUUUGACGUUUAUCUUCCAAAUAGCAAGUUUAGAAAGUCUUCACCCGGUGAUCCAGCCUUUCUGCUAUGCUUAGUUAGGGGAAGUCCACCAGCCAACGCAAAAAGUGAAGUUCUUGAGAGACAAUGUGGUGGGAUUCCUUUGAAGUUAUGUCAUGUAGAUCAUGGGCGUGUCAGCUUCUUUUCCUUCAAGAGGGUGGAGCUCCCCAUUUUGCCCUGAAUUUCUGAAAGGAUGCGAUAGAGGCUUCUGCAGCAGAUAACAGGAUGCCAGAGCAUAACUGAAGUUUAACAAGCCUUGCAUGGGAUUAUGCCUCCUAAGGCUCGAAGAUCUUUGACUUUUAUGCAAAUCAUUCUCAGAGCUAAGGUUAUACAGUACGCAUGGCAUGCAACUGUUGCUUCUGCUUCUUGUGGAUGAUAUCAUGUCUUCUGAUGCUCUUUGAUCUCUAUUUCCUCGUCGACAAGAAGACAAGCCCAAACUGUGAAGUAUACAGCCUAAAUCUUUUUGGCAUCUGGAUGCCAAUGUGUUUGAGCUUCCCUGAACAUUUGGAUUUCAACUAGAAAUUUGUCGUCACUAAUGGAGCCACAAUGAUGGAAACUGACAUCGCAAAAGAAUACAGAAUGAAACAGCCAGAUUUGGAGAUUGGUCAGUCAAUGGAGAUGGGAACCAUAAUACAUUCUGGUGAUUUAAUGGGUUUUUUUCUCUCCAAAAAGUCAAGACAGCACAUUCUGUCAUUUUUAUAAAUUACUCAGAGUCUAUAUCCCAUGUUGUUAGGAGAUGCAUAUCAGUUUGGUUUUUUCAAUAUUAUCUGCAUCAUUUGUCACUGAUGCACCCUUUCUUGCAAGUCGAUGGCAAUCCAUAGAUAUUAACCCAAGCUUCAACUGGAUAUGUUGUGGCAAUCUCUGUUCCCAUCUUUGAAUGGCUAAUCAUGAUGUUAAAGCUCUUCAUGAAGCUGUUACAACAUCAGAACAGUUCAAUACAAGGAAGUUAUACGUUUCUCA